GACCUGACCCCCAGUAGCCGACGCCGUCAAUCUCGCCGUCACAUGCCCAACCCAUCCUCGUUCCUCCCCUCCUAUAAAACAACGCAACCGACGAGGGAGAGAAGCUAUCGCAGAAGAGCCAGCCCAUCGAUCAAUCGGCCCCGCCGCCUGACGACAUCCGACAAGCGAUGGAAGCCACCUCCCCCCGCCUGACCCGCUCCGCCUCCCUCUCCGCCAACCGCCUCCCUCGCUCCCGCACCGCCAGGUUCCCGCCGUCCCCGCACCUCUGCCCGCUCUCCUCCGCCGCCGCCGCGUCGCCGCGCGCGCUCCUCCCGCUCCGCCGCGCCAGGUCCGACGCCGACCUCGCCUCCUUCGCGAGAUCCGCCGUCCUCCUCCGCCACCACACCCCGAUCCCGGCCAUCCUCGAGGCCAACGACGAGGAAGGGUACGACAGUAAGGCGCCGGCGGGCCUCGACCGCCUCCUCGACGGCGCCGGCGCCGGCGGGGACGGCAACAGCCCCGGCGACGGCAGCGGGGGCCGUGGAGGAAGCGGCGGGCAGGGCAGCGGCUGCGACAUGGGCGAGUACUACCGCCGCGUGCUGCUGCUGGACCCCGAGAACCCGCUGCUCCUGCGCAACUACGGCAAGUACCUGCACGAGGUGGAGGGCGACCUCGCCGGCGCCGAGGGGUGCUACGCGCGCGCGCUGCUGGCGUGCCCCGGCGACGCGGACCUGCUCAGCCUCUACGGCCGCGUCAUCUGGGAAGCGAACCAGGAGAAGGACCGCGCCGAGGCGUACUUCGAGCGCGCCGUGCAGGCCGCGCCGGAUGACUGCUACGUGCUGGGAUCGUACGCCAGCUUCCUGUGGGACGCCGAAGAAGACGACGAGGAGGCGGCGCCGGCGGCCACCACCGAAAUAAGCACGGUGGUUGCGGCGUCGUGCGACUCCCCGGCGCUGGUGCCCGCGUGCUGAUCGGAUGGAUCCGCGUGCGGCGGGACUGGGUGUUUACCUGCUUACCGAUCUACUACUGUUUUGUACUGUACUGUACAUAGGAGGACGGCGGACCGGAUCCAGUGCAGAGAUGCUUCCAUAUCGACGGCGACGUCAAAUGAGACGAUGGUGGCGGCGAAACGGCAGCUCCCCGGAGAUGCACAUCGCCUCAUCAGUCAGGCCGUCGGCGAGGCUGCGACGAGGGCUCCAUUUUCUCUUUAAUUAUUAGUAUUGACAUAGUAUGUAUAGAGCGACCUUGUACUAAUUACUACCUAGCUUGAUGAUGAAUAACAGAACUUACAGAUCUAGCUAGCAGAAGUCACUGUACCAUUUCAGCUCUUGAUCUCAUGCUUCCUGCUGCUUCGAUCGAACUGAGGAGCUUCCUCGAUGAAUCAUACUGUAUACUACAACUGCAUGAUGUAUGUUGAAGCGUGCUUUGUAGCCUGAUUACCGU